CUCUCAUAAUGCUCAUAAAUAAAUCAAACAUUUUCUUAAACUCCUUCACCAUCUUCUGAGCAGUGUCUUGUUCUUCCGACCCAGAAAUCCUUUUUCUUUAUUCUUUUAAUGGAGAUAACAAAAAAGUACCGCCGUAAUCUCUCAAUUGACAGGCUCAGCGAGUUGCCAGACUCAGUCCUCUGCUACAUUCUCUCAUUUCUCCCAACUCAGAAAUCGGUCGCAACCAGUAUUCUCUCUCGAAGAUGGAGGUAUCUCUGGACCGACGUUCCCAAUUUAGACUUUGUAGACGAGAAUCAAGGUACAAUAAAUAGGGUACUAUCGCUAUACAAAGUGCAAAAAAUCAAAUCUUUUUGCCUCGCCGAUGAGAUUGACUGCGACGAUUAUCAAAUUGGUACAUGGAUUACCUUUGCAAUUGAGCGGAAUGUGCAAAAUCUCGAUAUUUGGCGCGAGUCGGCUGAUGUAUUUCUGCCUCGAUCCCUCUUCACCAGCAAAACCCUAGUCGAUUUGAGGCUCAAUUGUUGUGCUGAGUUCCCCAAUAUCGGCAGUGCAGUGAGUUUGCCUCUCCUGAAGAAGCUUCAUCUAAUCUUCAUUAGCGGAUACGAGUCCCUCCCCCACCUUCUCUCGGGCUGCCCAGUGCUUGAGGAGUUGGUACUCCAAUUGUCCUUUGAAUAUUGUUCUUUUACCAUAUCUUCGCCGACAAUCAAAAAACUCGAGAUCGAUAUUAAUGCCGAGAUUCCUGAGGAUCUCGACGAGAUGCACUACGUGGACUACAGCCUGGAGAUCGAUACCCCUGCCAUUGUUUAUCUUAAGCUAUUCGAUAACGCGAACUACCAUAUCAAAUUCGGAUCGGUGGCCUCCUUGACUGAAGCAAGUGUCCAUAUUCAGGAUUAUAGCAAUGAUUUUCUUUAUUCUCGAUCCGUGGUGCAACUUAUUCAAAUGCUUCGUAACGUCCGGUGCCUAAAGUUACAUUUGUCGCAUCGUGCAGAGAAUAUUCACUCGGUGUUCGCUGCACGAACUAUAAGUUUUCGUAACGUAACCAAACUCGAGAUGACUACUGAUUGUCUGUUUCUCCCGAAGCUCCUUGAAAAUGCUGAUAAUCUUGAAAUCCUUAUUCUCCAUGAGGUGAAUGAAAAAAUAGACAGAUGGAUGGAACCCCAACAAGUGCCAACAUGCCUCGUAUCACGUCUUAGAACGGUAAAGCUUUUUCGCUUCGUACAGACAAAACGCAAGUUUAAAGCUGUGAAAUAUCUUUUGAAGAAUGCUGAAAUCUUGGAGAAGAUAGAAAUAGUAUAUCCAUGUUAUCUUACUUCCAAGAAAAGGAUUUAUAUGCUCGAUAAAAUCUCAUCGUUUGAACGAGGAUCUAGUGCAUGUGAAGUUGUUGCCUAUGUUGGGUGAGGUUAACGGAGGUAAACACGCAGUUGCUUGUGAAAUGGUUUAUGUACUCGGGCCUCUAUGAACAAUUUAAUCAUUAUCAUCUGGUUUAUGUGCGCGAGCUACAAAAUUCACCAUCUUUAUGUUUUCUUCGAAAUUUUGGUUACUAUUCUGCCACAAAAUAUUGUCUUUUAAUUGCCCGAGUAAAGGGGGGUAAACUUAAACCAUGUGUUGUACCGACUGCAACGACUAUGAAACUGUCGUUGUCAUUGUUUUCGAGGUGCUUUGAUUUGCAUCAAAUUAUUGCUUUGUCAUCCCCAUUGCAGGUGCUUUGUCUUGGCUAGGUGAAAUGAUUUGGCACAUGAACUCAAUGAUUU